AUGGAUCCCGCAGUGUCGUGGUUUCAACGCGAACAAGACUGUCCCGCUAAACUCAUCUGGCUAGGCAUUUGGGAAUCGCAACGAACAUAUAUGGAAGAUACACAACUAACCGCAUUGCCUAUGUUGGACUCACCGUGUAAGGAAUUUAUUCCGAUAGGAGAUUUGGAUAAUAACGGUGAGAGAGCUUAUUAUAAUCCAUCGAGGAGGAAAAUGGUCGAAAAUCGCGCCAGCACUUACAAUAUGAAUAAACAUCAUUCCCGGUUGAUUGGAAAAUAUGGCGGCUGUCCCUGGCGGGUGGAGGGCCAUCAUUACGGCAGAGGCGUAUUCGGAACCUUGUGGAACUCCACAGGUUAUGUUACAUCCUCCACUUGUGAAAUUUCCCACCUUCGUCCUUACCACUCUUUUCAUGAGGAAAUCUUUGAUAAUGCUGCUAUUACAACUGGCAUUGGCCUGAUCAAUAGUGGUGUUUAUGAUGUCAUUGUUGCGGGUGGUGUAGAAUUUAUGUCUGAUGUUCCAAUUAGGUUAAGUAGAAAAUUACGUUCAGUUCUUCUUAGGGCCAAUAAAGCAAAAACUCCAGCACAAAAACUCCAGUUGGCAUCCACAAUUAGACCUAAUUUCUUCAUUCCUGAGUUACCUUCUGUAUCAGAAUUCAGUACUGGCGAAACUAUGGGUCACUCUGCUGAUAGAUUGGCUGCUGCUUUCAAAGCAUCUCGAGAAGAACAAGAUGCAUAUGCUUUGAAAUCUCAUACAUAUGCUAAAAAUGCACAGGAGAAAGGAUAUUUCACAGACAUUGUUCCAUUUCAAGUUCCAGGUGUGUCAAAGAUGGUAGAAACUGACAAUGGUAUUCGUGUCACAUCAUUAGAAAGUCUGGCCAAAUUGAAACCUGCCUUUGUGAAACCCCAUGGCACAAUUACAGCUGCUAAUGCAUCAUUCUUGACUGAUGGUGCUUCAGCUUGCCUCAUUAUGACUGAAGCCAAAGCCAAGGAAUUAGGUUUGACACCAAAAGCUUAUCUAAGAGAAUUUUUGUAUGUUGCCCAAGACCCAGUCGACCAGUUGCUGCUUGGUCCUGCUUAUGUAACACCAAAGAUCUUAGAACGUAGUGGUCUGAGUUUAAAAGACAUAGAUGUCUGGGAAAUGCAUGAAGCUUUUGCUGGUCAAGUUUUAGCAAAUCUUAAGGCCAUGGAUUCUGAUUGGUUUGCACAGAAUUAUAUGGGAAGAAAGGAAAAAGUGGGAAACCCUGAUAUGAAUAAGUUUAAUCAAUGGGGUGGAUCUCUUGCAAUUGGGCAUCCUUUUGCAGCAACAGGUGUACGUUUAGCUAUGCAUACUGCAAAUAGGAUGGUACGUGAAGAUGGUCAAUUUGGUUUAAUAUCUGCAUGUGCUGCAGGUGGACAUGCAGUUGGAAUGAUUCUUGAACGUCAUCCUGAUGCUAAAGCAAACUAAAUUAUAUGUUCAUUGUUUUUUUGUAUUAAAGAUCUUUAGUUAUCAGAUUAAUUAAAAGUCAUUGUUAAUUAUUAAGCAGAGGAUUUUAAGCUAAUAUUAUCCAAAAUGUAACAAAUUUUUAAAUUUUGAUAUUUUAUAAGAGAAAUGUAAAUAGCUAUAUCUUCAUAUUUUAUACCUAUGUAGAAGAU